UCUCAAACUAUAAGCUAUCACUGCCUCUACAACUGCCAACACAUAACCACACUCUUCCUCAUUCCACCAACUUUUCCUUCUUCACCCCGUCUCGAUUUCCUCCCACUGGACUAAGCGGCUCUCAGACGGCACGAUUGACAGACGGAAGGCUCGUUUGGUGGCAAAGGGCUAUCAUCAGCAGGAAGGACUUGAUUAUUUUGAGACUUUCAGUCCCGUGGUUAAACCCACAACGAUCAGAACCAUCCUCUCUCUUGCUGUUUCCGAAGGAUGGGCUAUACGACAGUUGGACAUUAGCAAUGCGUUCCUACACGGAGAGCUUCAAGAACAGUCUUAUUCGCGACACCGGAGAGCCAAUCGAGUAUUGGGGUUGAUGCGGAUACAAGAGAAUGGGCAAUGCAAGAUUUUUAUUCCCUGAGGAGGGAUGUAGAGGGCACCUCAGAACGUGUUGAAGAGAUUAGGGGCUCUGCUGGUCUGCAGCAAUUAGAACAGGAAUUUGCAGAUUUGGAGUUGAAAGCAGCUGAUAGCUCUCUUUGGGAUGAUCGAGAUAAAGCUCAAGAAACCCUUUUGGCCCUAACUGAUGUCAAAGACAAGAUAAAAUUACUUACAGAGUUCAAGACCCAGGUUGAAGAAGCAGAAACAAUAGUUAAUUUAACUGAGGAAAUGGACUCCAUAGAUACUGGACUUCUUGAAGAGGCUGCGACUCUCAUUAAAGAAUUGAACAAGGCAUUGGAUCGAUUUGAGUUGACACAACUUCUUUCUGGUCCUUAUGACAAAGAAGGUGCUGUUAUCUCUAUCACAGCUGGUGCUGGAGGUACUGAUGCUCAGGAUUGGGCUGACAUGCUUCUUAGGAUGUAUGUGAGAUGGGGAGAGAAGCAGAAAUACAAAACAAGAGUGGUUGAGAAAUCCCCGGGAGAAGAAGCUGGGAUUAAGUCAGCAACAAUUGAAGUUGAAGGUCGUUAUGCUUAUGGUUAUUUGUCUGGGGAGAAAGGAACUCACCGCAUUGUGCGCCAAUCUCCUUUUAAUGCCAAAGGUCUUCGCCAGACAAGCUUCUCUGGUGUUGAAGUCAUGCCUUUUCUUCGUGAAGAGUCGCUGAAUGUUGAAAUUCCAGAGGAUGACCUGGAGAUCAGUUUUUCUAGGGCUGGUGGCAAAGGAGGUCAAAAUGUAAACAAGGUUGAAACUGCUGUCCGGAUUACUCACAUCCCCACAGGCGUCACUGUUCGCUGCACAGAAGAGAGGUCCCAACUAUCAAACAAGAUCAAGGCUAUGAGCAGAUUGAAGGCCAAGUUGCUAGUCAUUGCAGUGGAGCAAAGGGCUUCUGAAAUCAAGCAAAUACGAGGAGAUGCAGUGAAGGCUGAGUGGGGCCAGCAGAUACGAAAUUAUGUAUUUCAUCCGUACAAACUUGUCAAAGAUGUUCGGACGGGAUUUGAGACAUCGGAUGUUGGUUCUGUAAUGGAUGGUGAAUUGGAUCCCUUCAUCAAGGCUUACCUCAGGUACAAAUACAGUAUGUCAGUCUCACCAAGUGGGGUUAAUUAACAUCUAACAAAAUUUUUUUGUCAGGAUAUAUAACUUUGUAUUUAUGUGCUUAACUUGCCUAGAUGGGUUUAUCUACUAAGAAAAUAUAAAUUUUUAUCUUACUACUGCAUCUUGUUGUAUAAGCCAUCGACCAAACUUUUAUCAUGGUUCCUGACCUAAAGUUAUGAUACUCUUUAACAA